AUCCAAGCCAAAGGCGCGCGGGGAUUGGCGGCGGCGGCCGGGGGCGGGCCGGCGGGGCCCCUACAAAUAGCGGGGGCUGGGCCAGCGAGCGCUUAUUGCCUCGCACGCGAAAGCGCGGCCGGCCGGGCAGAGGCAGGCAGGCGGGCGGGCGGGCCGGGCGAGGGGCGCAUGGUGGCGGCGAGGCGGGCCCGGGCGGAGCGCCGAGAGGGAGCCCCGCGAGGGUCGGGCGCGUGGAUGCGGCGCCCGGGCGGCGGAGGAUGGAGUGCGCGCUGGACGCCCAGGCGCUGAUCAGCCUCUCCCUGCGCAAGAUCCACAGCUCGCGCACGCAGCGCGGCGGCAUCAAGCUGCACAAGAACCUGCUCGUCUCCUACGUGCUGCGCAACGCCCGGCAGCUCUACCUGAGCGAGCGCUACGCCGAGCUCUACCGCCGCCAGCAGCAGCAGCAGCAGCACCAGCAGCCCUCCUACCCCGACGGGCUCCUGGGCAUGCCCCCGCCGCCCUGCGCGCCCGCCGAGCUCUCCGCCGCCGACUUCAGCGCGCUCCCCUCGGCGCCCGACGACGAGCAGGACGGCGGGCAGCUGCGGAGCUGCGCCCUGGCCCGGGUGGGCGUCGCGGGCGAGCUGCUGGAGAUGCCCGUCUGCGCCGCCGCGCUGCAGGACGAGGAGCCGCCGCCGUCGCCGGCCGCCCUGGCCGGGCUCUGCAGGGACUCGCCGCCCGCCUUCUACGCCCCGCGCGCCGCCGCCUCCUCGGCCGGGCUGCUGUACCCGGGCGCGGGCGGCUGCGAGUUCGCGCCGUCGGGGCUGCCGGCCGCCGCCGCCUCGCCGCAUUGCUCCAGCCGCACCACCGUCUUGGACCUGGACACGCACGUGGUGACCACGGUGGACAACGGCUUCUUGCACCAGGACUGCUGCGCCCACGGGCCCUGCUGCGGACAGGCCGCCGCCCACCCGCCGCCGCCCAGCCCGGGCUCCAAGCGCAAGUACGAGCCGGGCCCCGAGAGCCAGGCGGCCGCCGGAGGAGGAGGAGGCGGCGGCGGCGGCCCGGGCGCGGUGGCGGCAUUGGCGGCGGCCGCUCCGGCCGGAGGGGGCGGCCUGGGCCCGGGCGUGCCGUUCGCCCCCUGCCCCAAGCGCGCCCGCUUCGAGGACUUCAGCGCCGCCGCCGAGGUCGCCUCGGACUCCUCCAACAUCUCCAACCUGAUCUCCAUUUUCGGCUCCGGCUUCACGGGGCUGGUGAGCCGCCAGCAGCAGCAGCAGCAGGCGGACUCGGAGCAGCCGCUCAACGGGCAGCUGUGUAGCAAACAGGCGCUGGCCAGCUUGGGGGCUUGGACGCGGGCCAUCGUGGCCUUCUAGGGGCUGGCGCCGGCCGCGGCUCGGACAAGGGGGGAGGGAGGGGCCCCGACCCCGGAACAAAAGACUGGAGGGGAGGGGGGCGCGGAAGGCGAAUGUUUUCUAAAAUUGUAAGAUAAACUUUAAUGCUGAGAUUUCGGGUCUUUAUUUUUACAGAGAUGGAGCGAAAAUAGUACCUAUUUAAAGUUUUAAAACGAAACCUUUUUUUUUUUUUGGUGUGUGGUGUUGCUGGGGGGGGGGGCGCGUCUCUUUCUCUGUCCCCCUUUUUCAUCCUUCCAGGGUAUUUUCAGUAUUUGGGGUCCGAAAAGGGGGGGGGGUUCUGCAGAGAUGCCACCAGGUGAGGAGCAGCAAGGAAGCAGACUUGGGGAAGGGGAGUUGCUGCCCCCCCCCCCGACCACCCGAAAACAACCCUUUGGGGUUUUGCAGAGGGGGGGGAGAGAGAAGGGGGCCCUGAAUGUUUGUUUUUGAAGCCAGAUCAGUGGGUGAAACUCUUAACUGCAGGGGGUUGUGGAUUCCUCCCCCCCCCCCAUGGGGAAAAAAAGAAAAGAAAUAACCC